AAGGUUUGGCAUACAGAAGAACAGACCCUCUUUCUUCUCUCUGUCUGUCUGUCCUACAUUUGGUAGCCCCAAUUCUCUUCAACUAGGGUUUCUGCUUCUCCUCAGCAUUUCCAUUUCUCUGCUUGCGAUCUUCAUCUCUGUGAAGAUUUCACAACUGGGUCAGUCGAAAUUCUUGAAAACAACAAAAGAUAAGCAAAAAAAUUGAAUCUUGAUUCUUGAUGGCAAAGACUAAACCAGGGAAAAAGGACCUUGAUUCUUACUCUAUCAAGGGUACCAACAAAGUCGUACGAGUUGGUGAUUGUGUAUUGAUGAGACCAUCCGAUUCGGAUAAGCCCCCAUACGUGGCAAAAGUAGAUAAAAUUGAGGCAGACCAUCGCAACAAUGUGAAGGUCCGAGUUCAGUGGUACUACCGCCCUGAGGAGUCAGUUGGUGGACGCAGACAGUUCCAUGGGGCUAAAGAGCUGUUCUUGUCCGAUCACUAUGAUUUUCAGAGUGCACACACAAUCGAAGGGAAGUGCAUAGUGCACUCCUUCAAGAACUACACAAAGCUGGAGAAUGUGGGCCCUGAGGAUUACUUUUGUAGGUUCGACUACAAAGCUGCCACAGGAGGGUUUACUCCUGAUCGUGUUGCUGUGUAUUGCAAGUGUGAAAUGCCCUACAACCCAGAUGAUCUCAUGGUUCAAUGUGAAGGGUGUAAAGACUGGUUCCAUCCUAUCUGUAUGGGUAUGACUAUUGAUGAAGCAAAGAAAUUAGACCCUUUCUUGUGUUCUGACUGUUCAUCAGAAGAUGAUGCUAAACGACCCUUGAACUCUUUCCAUGUUGAGCCAAAGGUGGAGUUGAAGCGCAGGAAGAGAUAGCAAACUUGACUCUUUGUGAAGUGGGAGGAGGUACGCUUUUUCAUAUGGAAUGGGAUUCAUGAUGCAGAAGUGCUUGUACAGCUGAAGUAUGGGGUUACUAGCUUUUUGGUUUCUGUAAUGUCAUUAUGACUUUUCAGAGCAAGCUCAUAUUUCUAAAGCAUCUUCAAACUCCUUUAGAAUUUGUAUGAACUAAAUUAACCAAGGGCCAUUGUAGACCUUUGUAGUAUAUUUGCCUUGUUAACUUAUCAACCCAAGUACCUUCAGGAAGGUAACCAAAUGUUGAAAAGAAAGUUAAAAAACCAGGAUGGUCUAUCGAUAGCGUGUUUGUCCAAA